AUGUCUGAACUAAAGGACGUAAUGCGAGACUUACUUCUACGAGGUCAAUUCACUGACAUGGAGAUUCAUUGUCAAGGGAUUACGUUCAAAGUUCACCAGGCUAUUGUUUGCACUCAGUCCAGCUAUUUCCAUAGCGCAAUUUGUGAUGGCUUCAAGGAAUCCACGGAGAAAGCUAUCCAUCUUCAGGAUGAGUCCCCAGAAACCAUGGAGCGUGUUCUAUCCUUCCUCUAUCUCAGAGAGUAUAGUGAGGAUGGGCACAUAGUUCAAUAUCAACCCCCUUCGGAGCUUGCCAUGCCUAACAAUGAGCCGGAUUCAACCAUUUCAGAAAACGAGCCAGAAAGCCCAGAGUCAGCGAAUCAAGCCGCUUUCAAUAACAUUGAAGUAUUUAUCGCGGCUGAUAAAUACGGAAUUAUUCCAUUGAAGACUCUGGCUACCUCGAAGUUCUCCCAAUGGGCGAAUGCGAACGUCAGCUCUCCAAAGUUUCACGAAGUCGUCGAAUUUGUCAUGACCUCAGUGCCGUCCCAUGAAUCAACUCUUCGAGAAGUUAUUGCCGACGUUAUAUCGAGACAUAUUUUCGACCAGAUCCAAGUCCCUGAGAUAGUUCAGAUCUUGGAUUCUUUUGGAUGUCUUGGGUCACUGAUUAUUAGGAAAUUGAUUAGCAACGAGCUAGUGAGACGGCCCAACGAAUAUGACAUUUUUGGGGGACUUAUUCAAAAGAUAAACUCCGCUCGUCACUGUCGGCAUUGUUUAAAAGAUUUUAAUGUGAAGUUGAUAGGCAGGGAGUAUUUCCAUGAAGGGUUCCGCUGUGCUUCUUGCAAUACACGAAAUUGA